CGCCCUCUCACCAGCUGCCUCCGGGUUCUUUGAAGAUGGCGAAGGUCUCUGAGCUUUACGAUGUCACUUGGGAAGAAAUGCGAGAUAAAAUGAGAAAAUGGAGAGAAGAAAAUUCCCGAAAUAGUGAACAAAUUGUAGAAGUUGGAGAAGAGUUAAUUAAUGAAUAUGCCUCUAAGCUUGGAGAUGACAUUUGGAUCAUAUAUGAACAAGUGAUGAUUGCGGCCCUCGAUUAUGGUCGGGAUGACUUGGCAUUGCACAGUGUAACAAAUAUGUCCAAAUAUAAAAUGAGUUCUGUUGAUUUGUGUAAGUGUUGCACAACUAUAAAAGAGAUAUAUGAUGAUGCUGUACAACUCUAUGACCGAAUUUUACAAGAAGAUCCAACUAAUACUGCUGCAAGAAAGCGUAAGAUUGCCAUUCGAAAAGCCCAGGGGAAAAAUGUGGAGGCUAUUCGGGAGCUGAAUGAGUAUCUGGAACAAUUUGUUAGAGACCAAGAAGCCUGGCAUGAACUUGCAGAACUGUAUAUCAACGAGCAUGACUAUGCAAAAGCAGCCUUUUGUUUAGAGGAGCUUAUGAUGACUAAUCCACAUAACCACUUGUACUGUCAGCAGUAUGCAGAAGUUAAAUAUACUCAAGGUGGACUUGAAAACCUCGAACUUUCAAGAAAGUACUUUGCACAGUCAUUGAAACUAAACAACAGAAACAUGAGAGCUCUGUUUGGCCUUUACAUGUCUGCAAGUCAUAUUGCUUCUAAUCCAAAAGCAAGCGCAAAAACGAAAAAGGACAACAUGAAAUAUGCUAGUUGGGCAGCUAGUCAAAUAAACAGAGCUUACCAGUUUGCAGGUCGAAGUAAGAAAGAAACCAAAUACUCUCUGAAGGCCGUUGAGGACAUGUUGGAAACCCUGCAGAUCACCCAGUCUUGAGGUCUCAAGAACGCUGUGCCCCGGAUUGCACAACUGCACAACUGGCCUGUGACGUAGUGACAAAAUGCCCAGUGCUAUUUAUACUCAUGUUCUGUUAAGAGGCAGUUGUAAAGAAUGUGUUUAUAUCAACCUAAAAAUGCCUUUUUUUACUAAGCAAAAAGGUGGAGAAAAUACACAAAAGAGCAAUUUAAGACGACUCUUAAUGAUUGUAUAUCAUUUUCUUCAUAUCAACUUAUAAAUACAUAUAUAACUGCUUUUAGACCACAUCUGAUGGACAAGUAACCUUGUUAAAUAAACCAUGGUGAUUUAUUAAACUUA